GGUAAACGUAUUGUUAGACAAGCCUUCCAAAUGGGUGACAUCACAUCUACAGGUAUUGAACACAAAUCCACCGUCAGCUGACUUCAACAAAAGUUCUCAUUUUAAAACUCUUGACAAUGAAAAGGAAAUACUGGUUUGAACAUUGAGUUAAUAUUGUGUACCUGUAUUAAAUUAGAUUCUCAAACAUAAACUCCGGAGGAAAGUUACAGGUUCACUUUGGCAGUAAAUUAACAAAAGACGUGAGUAAAUCAUACAGACUCUCAACAUUUCACGGAUUAUUAUACGGACCUACAAAUAUUGUGACGGAAGACUUUAGCUUCUUUGUUUGUCAACAUCCGUUCGGCCUUCCUGUAUUCAUUUAUUAUUAAAAUUAUCACGUAUGAAAUAUUCAUUAUCUUCUGAAGAAAGACAAGACGUAUAUUACUCGAAGGAAAGUUAUACAAAACGAGACCAAUGUCAGUGGAUGUCCUACCCCCGAAUACGGGACACAAUAUUAAUUCAUACCCUGUGACAGUAAACGAUACAAGACCUCGACACAUUGACAGUCGGGCCAGGAGAAAGUUAGCAGACCCUAAUAAUAGGAUAAAUAUGGUCCACUUUGAUCCGAACUACAUCAUCUAUGAUUCAACUACAGACACUACGUACCUCAGAGGAAGACUUCUUGGCAAGGGUGGUUUUGCUCGCUGUUACGAACUUUUAGACUUAAACAGCAAUAAAAUAUAUGCAGGGAAAAUAAUAGCCAAAACUAGAAUAGCUAAACCUCACCAAAGACAAAAGAUCGUAAGAGAGGUAGAACUACACAGGGACCUCAAACACAAACAUGUUGUAGAAUUCCAUAGUUAUUUUGAAGACGAUGAAAAUGUUUAUAUUGUAUUGGAAAACUGUCCGCGAAAGUCUCUUGUUCAUAUGCUAAAACAACGAAAAGUUUUAACAGAACCCGAAGUUAGAUGCCAUUUAAAGCAGUUGGUCGAAGCUGUGAAAUAUGUACAUAAUCAGAACAUUAUCCAUCGUGACUUAAAGCUUGGUAACAUGCUAUUGAAUGAUCAAAUGGAAUUAAAGAUUGCCGAUUUUGGUCUGGCUACAAGGAUUGGAUAUGAAGGAGAAAAGAAAAUGACUGUCUGUGGUACGCCCAAUUAUAUUGCCCCGGAAGUACUUCAAAAGAGAGGUCACAGCUUUGAAGCAGACGUUUGGGCUUUAGGCUGUGUCACGUAUGCACUUCUUCUUGGUCGACCGCCAUUUGAAACAAGUACCUUAAAGGAAACUUACGUCCGUAUAACCAGCAACAAUUAUUCUAUUCCACAAACAGUGUCUCAAGGUGCCAAAUCUUUCAUCCAAAAAUGUCUGCGUCAUGAUCCUGACCAACGUCCUACAGUAGAGGAAUUACUCUCAGAUGAUUUCUUUACUUCCGGUUUCAUGCCAAAAUCUUUGCCAUCAACAUGCUGUACAAAUGCACCAAAAUUUCCAGUUUAUGCCAGACUCCCAAGACCAAAGUCAUACGCUGUGUCUGACUCUAAACAAGACCAAGUAGACAGAAUAACAUCAUCAAUGCGAAAAAUAGAAAUCCAACCAAAACAAGAUCAUCUCAAACCUGACAAAGUUGAUGUUGUGCGAAUGACAUCUCCGGCUGCUUUUCCUGCAAUCAAAUCUCCCAUUAGAGAAUUAGAAAGGUCGGAUUCUCCUCCAUACUCUAGAGGUACAUCAGAGUCUCCUCCAUACUCCAGAGGUACAUCACCUAAGCCAAGAUGUGCUUCAACUUUACUUGAUGUACUCAAUACAUGUUUAGAACAUAUGCCUAAAGAUACAAGCUUUAAUCCUAUGCCUUUGAACGACCCAACUGUUGUCUGGGUAACAAAAUGGGUGGAUUAUUCCAAUAAAUAUGGUUUUGGAUUCCAGUUAUCUAAUGAUGUCAUGGGUGUCCUAUUUAAUGACACCUCUAGAAUAGUUAUGUCUCCGGAUGGGAGAGCCGUACAGUAUUAUGAUAUAACAGGAAAGCUAUCCACAUUUACCAUAGAAUGUGUUCCCGAGGAAUUAGAGAAAAAGACAACGUUGUUAUUGUAUUUUGCCCGAUAUAUGGAUGAACAUUUAAUUCAAGGUGGUAACGUGGAACUUUCCAAAGACUCAGAUGACAUGUGGUAUGCUCAUACGUAUCUCAAAAAGUGGUUCAGAACGAACAAGGCUAUUGUGUUGUAUCUUAGUGACGGAACAUUACAGGUGAAUUUCUUUGAUGACCACACAAAGAUCAUUAUGAGUUAUGUGAAGAAUGACUAUUAUGUGACCUAUAUUGACCAAGACAGAAAUGCUAAUACAUACUGUAUGGUUCACUUGAUUCAAGACGGAUGUAAACAUGAUAUAAUAGAAAGGAUGGUCUUUGCAAAAUCUAUGUUGAAAAAUCUUGUGGACAUCGAAGGGGCAGAUAUCUGAUUCCCUAUACUAUCACUCACUGUCUUUCGAAAUUACAAUGCAGAUAGUUAAAAAAUAUAUCACAUAUCUGAUAUUGCAUUAAUUGUGUUAAUGUCAUUUGUCAAGUACCCAUUUUGAUUAAAUGGACCUCUAAUGGUCCUAGUGCCUUGGUUGAAUUGUCAAAUGUCCUACUUUCAAAUGGAUAGACACUUUUGACUGUUUUGAAAACGUUUUAUCUUUCGAUUUAUUUACAAGGCGUAUAUAUUUGACCUCACUGUCUUGUUAUCUCUGCCAUUUGUCUUUCGUAUGCAAUAUAUUUCAAAUCAAUCAUGAGACAGGAAAGAGGCAAAUAGUGAACAAGCAUAAUCAAAAUAUUUUCGUCGAAGAGAGUAUAACUAGUCACUAGAUGGCGCAUUUAUAUCAUGUGAUGAAGACAAUAUAACUGCCAUACAUGUUGACUGUUUGUAUGAUAAAUAUCAUCAGGAGCACUGCCAAAAGAGGCCAUUGUGAUAGACGUUAAUUUUCAGGCAUAAUAAGGGACCAUGAUUUGGGACCAAAAUCAUUUUCAUCAAAUUUGGUAUAGAUGUGAAUCAUUGCUUUUAACAUUUUGUAUUCAUGUUUUGCUUUCACGCUUGUACAAGCUCCUUAAAUUCCAAUUUACCCUUAACAAUGUUGUUGCCAUCAGAUUUUAUGCUUUGAAUUAAAUGGUACCUAUAGAACUUUUGAGGAAAACGUGUCUCUUAUUACGAACCGUCCGAUUCGGAACAGGUGCUUUUAUUAUUUGAUCUCGAAGUCGAUAAGACAAAAUAGUAUGCUCCAAUGGCAUGUUAACAUAUUAAAUCUAGUCCAGUUUAUGCCAUUACGAACUAAGAGUUACAGAACAUACUUUCGUGCAAGGUUAAGAAAAUUAUAAUUUUUUCUAGCAACUAUAUCUUCAAAAGGUUUGUAAAAAUUCAAACAACAGAAAAUGUAUAAAAGUUUUCGUAUGAACAAACAAUGAAAUACAAUUGAAGUAUAUAAAAUGAAUAAUCUUUCUACGAGAUAAUGAAAUUGAAAAUUUGAAGUUGAAAAUGCUUAUGAAAUAAGUUCUUCAUUUCUGUGUUUGUUUUCUGUAACCCAUGUUAAAGUGGUGCCAAUUUUCAUCAAGUGCUUUGUAAAUAAUUUAUUUUUUACAGAUAAAGAGAGGUUGCUCUUUAAUCAUUUUUUAUUAUUAUUUUGCAUGUUGAUGUUAAUGAUCUCAAGCGUUAUUAAAUGACAAAUAAGUUAUAGAAAAUGGAAUGCAAUGUCGUUUUCAUUUAUUGCAGAAUUGUAAAUUUGCAUUUUACUUGUGAAUACUGCAUUUAGUUAUAUGAAGAAUGUAUGGUGUGGAUGUAUGUAGGAUAUUUUUGACUCCAUAUUGGAAACAGUUUGUUAGAUUGGCCACGUCAAUGCUUAAUGUUAAUUUACAAACUUUGUAAACCACUGAAUAUAUGCGUGGCAUAUGUGACUGUCAUGUUCUCCGAAUUCAUUUUAUUUAUGAAAAAAUGUAAUUGUAUGGAAUGCAUUAAAAAUUUCAAACUGGCCAAGGUGUAUUUCUGAAUAAUUUUUGCAAUUUUGCUUAUUUCUUUUUAGCAUACUUACCAAUCUAACAAACUGUGAUGUUGAAAUGAAAACCUUAUGGUUAAAGAAUUUGUUUAUGAAAGAAACGGUAUUUUCAUACUAACAUUAAAUAUAACAUUGACAUUAGCUCAACAAAUUUUGUUGUUGUAACAAUUCAUUUUUGAGUAGACUUGUUGUUAAACAAUUUCUGUGAUAUACACACUGACGACCAACACCAGCCUUGUUGUUCUUAUUUGUAUAAAUGUUUUGAAUGAUUGAAUGAUUUUGAUUGUGAAAGGCAAUUUUUCUUCAAUAAAUAAUUGAAUUAAA